AGGACUUGCCCUCCUUUACGGAGUCCCUGCUUUGCAAUAUUUGAAAUUUGCAACUCCUUAGAGAAACAUAGCUCCCGGUUCAUCUCCUAUAAAUACCAUCUUCAUUAUCUAAACCACCUCAUUCUUUCAACUUACCCUUGCUGUUUUCCUUUUUUUCGCCUUUCAUUUUUGGUUAUUAGAUUUCUCUGUUAUUAGGUAACACAGAAGAUGACGGUCGGGGCAGGAAUAACAGUGGCUAAUGGGAAGUUGAUGGUUUUAGGAAAUUGUGUUUUGAGUGAUGUUCAUGACAAUAUUGAGAUCACACCCGCAGCUGCUGAUGCUUUUGUCAAUGGAGCUUUCAUUGGUGUCCGAUCUGAUCAAACCGGUUGCCGCAGAGUCUUCCCUGUUGGAAAGCUUGAUGGAUUGCGGUUUAUGUGUGUUUUUCGGUUCAAGUUAUGGUGGAUGACGCAAAGAAUGGGAAAUUGUGGUCAAGAUAUUCCCUUUGAGACCCAAUUUCUGAUUGUGGAAGCAAAGGAUGGUUCUCAUUUUGACGAGAUUGGAGAUAACCAAUCUGCUGUGUAUACUGUGUUUUUGCCGAUUCUUGAGGGUGAUUUCAGGGCUGUUCUUCAGGGGAAUGAAAGAAAUGAGUUGGAAAUUUGUCUGGAAAGCGGAGAUCCUACUGUCGAUGAAUUUGACGGUAAUCAUUUGGUUUUUGUGGCUGCUGGAUCUGAUCCUUUUGAUGUCAUUACAAAUGCAGUCAAGACAGUUGAAAGACAUCUGCAAACCUUUUCUCAUCGCGAGAGAAAGAAGAUGCCAGACAUGCUGAACUGGUUUGGCUGGUGCACAUGGGAUGCUUUUUACACUGAUGUUACUGCAGAGGGUGUAAAGCAAGGACUGGAAAGCCUACAGAAAGGUGGAAUUUGUCCCAAGUUUGUUAUAAUAGACGAUGGAUGGCAAUCGGUUGGAAUGGAUCCCUCUAGUAUUGAAGCCAAAGCGGAUAAUACAGCCAACUUCUCAAACAGAUUAACCCAUAUCAAGGAGAAUCACAAAUUCCAGAAAAAUGGUGAAGAGGGGCACAGAGUAGAGGAUCCGGCAUUGGGGUUGCGCCAUAUUGUCACAGAAGUUAAAGAAAAACAUGAUCUUAAGUAUGUUUAUGUUUGGCACGCAAUUACUGGGUAUUGGGGUGGAGUAAGACCUGGUGUAACUGAAAUGGAACACUAUGAAUCUAAGAUGGCAUAUCCAAUUUCAUCUCCUGGUGUUCAAUCAAAUGAGCAUUGUGAUGCAUUGCAAAGUAUCAUAAUGAAUGGACUUGGGCUUGUGAAUCCGGAAAAAGUUUAUAACUUCUAUAAUGAACUCCAUUCAUAUCUUUCAUCUGCUGGAAUCGAUGGUGUCAAAGUUGAUGUUCAGAAUAUCCUUGAAACUCUCGGAGCAGGUCAUGGUGGAAGAGUGAAACUUGCUAGAAAAUACCAUCAAGCACUAGAGGCAUCAAUUGCAAGGAAUUUCCCUGACAAUGGAAUCAUUUCUUGUAUGAGUCACAACACAGAUGGGUUGUACAGUGCAAAACGAUCGGCUGUUAUAAGAGCAUCAGAUGAUUUCUGGCCAAGAGACCCGGCAUCACACACAAUUCAUAUUGCAUCAGUUGCUUAUAAUACUAUUUUUCUUGGAGAAUUUAUGCAGCCUGACUGGGACAUGUUUCAUAGCUUACAUCCAAUGGCUGAAUACCAUGGAGCAGCUCGUGCAGUCGGAGGAUGUGCCAUUUAUGUUAGUGACAAGCCUGGACAACAUGAUUUUAAUCUACUGAAGAAGCUUGUGCUAUCUGAUGGGUCUAUUUUGAGGGCUAAACUUCCGGGAAGACCUACAAGGGAUUGUUUAUUUUCCGAUCCUGCUCGAGAUGGUAAAAGUCUUCUGAAGAUAUGGAAUCUGAAUGAUUUCACUGGAGUCCUGGGUGUGUUCAAUUGCCAAGGAGCUGGAUGGUGUAAGGUGGGGAAAACAAACCUUAUUCAUGAUAAAAAGCCGGCUAAAGUCACUGGUUCUAUUCGAGCUAAGGAUGUCGAUUAUCUACCUAAAGUUGCCGGUGAUGGAUGGUCUGGGGAUAGUAUUCUAUAUUCUCAUCUUGGUGGAGAAGUAAUUUAUCUUUCGAAGGAUGCAACAAUGCCAUUUACAUUGAAGUCUCGAGAGUAUGAAGUUUUCACAGUUGUUCCUGUGAAAGAACUACCCAAUGGGGCUAAAUUUGCUCCGGUUGGUCUACUCAAGAUGUUCAACUCAGGAGGGGCUAUUAAGGAGUUGAAAUAUGAUUCAAAGACAAAUGCAGCUGUUUGCAUAAAAGCCCGUGGCUGUGGCCUGUUCGGAGCAUAUUCAUCAACUCGGCCGAAGAAGAUAACAGUUGAUUCGGAGGAAAUGGAGUUCGGAUAUGAAGAAGGAUCUGGUUUGAUCACUCUGGAGUUGAGAGUUCCUGAGGAAGAGUUGUACUUGUGGAACGUAACAGUAGAAUUAUAGAAUAUUUAUGUAUUUAGGAUGAUUCAAAACGUUUGUAUCUGUGACAACUUGCUGUUGUAGUAUCCUUUAUUCAUAUUCAUGUAUAUGCAUAAAAGUGGAGAUCAUGCAGACACUUUUUCAGUCUGUAUGAUUUCUAGCAUCAAUGAAUUAAUUUUGCUUGCAGAAG